AUGUUUCUCGAUGACGAACACGGUGAACUCGAACCGUGUCACGCUGACCAUGCGCUGUCGCAGGAGGCGCGUCUGCAGAAGCUGGAAGAGGAGCUUGAUAGGCUAAAGCGGCAGCAGUUUAGAGGCAAUGGAAGCGGGGGGAUGCAGCCCCCAUGGCGGCACGACUACUCUCCUCAGAGAGACAGGAGGCAGAAGGAGAGCAGGCCACGUUUGAGCUCUAGUGACUCGGCUAGAAGCUUGACGCCAAGCCCCGUGGGCGACGGGGACGGGGGGAUGGAAACUUCAUACUACGAAUUACGAAGAAUUGUCCCGCACCUUUCACCGGAAUUUGAAUGCGCAGAGCGUGACGCGGUGCUAAUUCUCUCGGCCAUACGAUCCGGUGCUGCUGCUGAAGGCGCAGAAUCCUGGGAGCAGCGCUUGUCCUCGCUGGAGGCGGAAAAACGGAUGAUACAGGGCAGGCUUGCCCGUCGAAGUCAAGAAUGUGAGGCGCUAAAAGGGACGGUGGCGGAACUGCGACAGAAGAUUCGUGCUACACAAGAGGACUCACAUGCCUCCGUGAAUUUGCUUUCUAAACGAAACGAGGAGGUGCGCAAGCAACUUUUGCUUGAGGAGUCAAGGAGUCAGAAAAUGAAAAUUCGUAAUGGACAGCUGGAGAUGGAGGUGGAACGCCUUAGAGGAUUGCUGCAUUCCCAUCUACACAAGUAG